AUGGAGCUGUCGCCGGCGCAGCUAGCGGCGCUGCGGGAUCUCUACAGCCGCCACGGGCGUAUCGGGGAGCGGAUUUGCUUGCAAGACGACGGCACCUCGGAGUUGAACUUCGAGGAGUUCCGGGCCCUGGCGCAGUCGCUGCAGCUCCCGGUGGCCCAGCUGCCGGAGAGCGCGCAGAGGGAGGUCUUCGCGGAGCUGGCGGCCAGCGGCGCCGGGCCCCGGGAGACGGCCUCCUUCGAGGAGUUCUGCCGGUGGACGGCGGAGGGCAGCGGCGCGGACGCCCUGGCCCUCCUUGAGGCCUCCCAGAGUGACGCGGCGCUGUCGGCGGGGGCGGCGAGGCUGCUGACGACGCUGCUGCGACCGCUGGGCGGCGUGGCGUUCUUGCAGGGCCUGGUGGCGUUGAAGCUGAAGGGCCUUUGGCUUGCCAAGGCCUCCCUCAUGGCGGCCAAGAAGGUCACGCUGCUGGCGAAGGCCAAGGCGGCCUACACGCUGGAGGCGUCCAUCAGGAACCCCUUCCGCCUCUUCCGGCGCCAGGUCGUUAGCCCCCUGGACGCCUUUCGCAGCCACCCGCAGGGUCUGGUGGAUGCUGUGCGAAAGGAGUUCAAAGAGACCGGGGUGCAGGGUGUCUCCACCAAGACGUUGGCGCCCUACGUGGCCAACGCCACCAUCGCCAUGGCCAUGUUCCACACCUACACCGCCACCCGUCUCUUCCUCCACCGCGUGGCCUCCGAACCCGGCGAGUGGCCCGCGGCGGUGGGUGACUGGCCGCUGCUCUGCGAGGCCGCGUCGGGGCUGGCGGCGGGGAUUGUGCAGGGCACGCUGCACACGCCGCUCUACAACGUGAGGCUUUGUCGAGAUGACCAGAUUGCGGCCCUGGCGGCGCAAGGGUCACAAAAGAGCCUGGGGCAACGUUUGCGGGAUCUCCAUGGCCGAGUGGGCCUUCGGGGAUGCUUCCAGAAUUACCCUUUCGUGCUGGCGCAGGAGGCAUGUUCCUUGACGACCUUCUUCACCAGCUACGAGUGGCUGAAGCUGGAAGCCACCGUGUUGCUCCGCCACCAUGUGGAUGCAUCUGGAGAGAAGGACCCCUGGGCCUGGGCGGGCGCUGCCUGCGGCGCCGGCUUCAUCUUGGCCGCGGUGGGCACGCCCUUCGAGAACUUGCUGGCCUGGCAUGUGGCCAGGCGGACGCAGCACCAGCCGCAGGGCGUUCUGAGACAUUUCCUCUCCUCUUCGCAGCCUAAAGCACGCCUGGCAAUCCUGUUCAGCGGGAUGCGCAGCAAGCUCUUCGCAGCUCCCUUGGCGGGCAUGCCGUUGUUGGCCUAUGAUGCGACCCUUCGGUGCGAUGCGGAGUGGCCUGCGGCGAACGCGAGUGAGCAGCCUAGGGGCCAAAGGAGACCUGCUGCGCAGUUGCACACGGCAGCGCUGACCUGGAACUGA